AUUUUCAGGACUACUUUGAAUGUAUUUAGGACAUUGGAAAUGAAACACACUGAAGCGGAGAAGUUAUUUCUCGACAAAAUGGCUGUCCUUAAUAAAACAUUUUUAUAUUUCAUCCAGUGUUCCCUGAAAGAAAUGCCUGAUGCUGAUCUGUCACCCUGCGUUCGCGAUUAUUUGAAACAUGUCGAAGAACUAGAUCGGACAUAUGGAAAUUUCCCUGGUCAGGAUGAUACCAAUGCAUCUACUGAUAAUGGUAAAAAAGAUGAAGCUAUCAGUGACUUGCCGAAAAUAAGCUUAUCAGAAAAAGAUGUAAGUGAUGGAAGCGGAACGACGGUGAAAUCCAAUAUGGCGCAAGAAAAACCUGCAUCCAAUGCAAUAACUGUAUUUAGUAGUACCACAAAUCCAACAAAUGUUUCAAAGCUUUCGUUUGAUGUAUCUACAACAUCAUCGUCUGGAUCAGAAAGGCGGGGAAGAAAAAGGGCAAAAAAAGGUGGUCCUGAAGGAGAUGACGAAGAAGUAAUUAUUCCCAAUCAUAACACUCCAACUUCUCCGCAGUUAACAAGUUCAGAAAAAUAUAUCAAAACAGCGCCUAAUCAGAUUUCACACUCGUCCACGCUGUCACCAUUUUUCAAUAGCUCAUCGGCCGAAAAUAUUUCAAAAAGAGAUUUUGAUAGCAAUAGUGAUUCGAAAAUAGAGACAGAAAGCGGAAGCUUCCAGGAAAAAAGCAUGAACGACAUUAAAGAAACAGGCACCAACAAAAUCCCUUUAUUUUCGUUCGGUCAAAAAGAUGAUUUAAAGAAAAAUGAACUACUAAAGAAUGCACAAAAUUUUCUCUUCAAAUCAUCCUCAGAAAAAGAAUUAGUGGAGAAACUUGAUGAAAAGAAGGAACCAAAUGUAGAGUCAACAUGCAAGUCUCACGUAACUCCAUCAUUCUCAUUCUUGAAGCCAGUUUUGGAUGAAGGGAAUUUUGGAUGCUCUGAUUCUUCGAAGACUAAAUUAGAUUUUAAAUUUGGCGCGCCACCUGCUGUUCAAUCAGAACCAAAUAAUGAAAGUGAAGAAAGUGAAUAUGUUCCACCAAAACCAGAAUUUGUGUUGGCGGAGGAACCGAAAGCGAUAUUCUCGUCCAAGUGUUCGGUAUUUGUACUGAAAGGAACAGAAUAUGAAAAACUUGGGAUUGGUCAACUUCAUAUUAAAACCGAUGAAACUGAUAGUAUAAAGAAAAUUCUACUCAUCCGUGCUGCCACUACCACCGGUACUGUAUGGGUAAAUUCAUAUAUCGAUGAAUCUAUGAAACAUGUGGUCAUUGAGGAUGUCAAAUUGAGGAUAAGUUGUGUAUCAGGUGGAUCACCAUCAACGUAUUUGUUACGCCUACCAAAAAAAGAAAAUCGUGACCAAGUAGUCGCAGAACUUCAAAGCGACAAUAUUUCUUCUUGAGGAAUUAUUUGUGACUGUUAUCGUUAUGCUAUUGUAGUAUCUUUUGUAGCGUUAUUGCUACUUGACAUUAUUGUUUGAAUACAGAUCGAAUAGUUUUCCAAUAAAUCAGUUCGUUUUGUUGUUCAUACGGUUGUUGACAGG